AUGGCGGCCGCGGAGCGGGCCCGCCUGGUCGCGCCCCUGCUGCUGGGCGCGGGCCUCGCCGCGUGCCUCUGCGCGGCCUUCGUGCCAGGGGGCGCGCAGGGAGCCAGGGCGGCGCCGUCCGCAGCCGCGGCCCCCGCCCACGCCCGGGACGCAGGCCCCUCCGCUGCCCCGGAGGGCGCCCGGGGCUGGCAGGCGGCCGCGCGCGUGCUGGGAGGCGCUGCGCUGGGCGCGGCCUUGCUUGCCGUCUCAGGGGCGCCCGCAUCCGCUGAGAUCGAGGACGUCGCCAUCCCCGUGGACGGCAAGGGUAAGACCAGGAAUUUGUCCAAGGAGGAGCUCAUCCGUGGCAAGCGCUUGUUCAACGUUGCGUGCGGCACCUGCCAUGUCGGCGGUGGCACCCGCACCAACCAGAGCGUCGGCUUGGGCAUCGAGGAGCUGUCCGGGGCUUUUCCCCCGCGCAACACGAUCGAUUCGCUGGUCGACUACAUCAACGCCCCCACCACCUACGACGGCCUCAAGGACAUCUCGGAGGUUCACCCGUCCAUCAUCGCGGCGGACUUGUGGCCCAAGAUGCGGUCAAUGAAGCAGCAGGACCUGUACGACAUCUCUGCCUAUAUCCUGUACCAGAAUUACGUUAUCCCGGAGAAGUGGGGCGGCGGCAAGCAGUAUUACUGA